AUGGUCAGGGCCACCACAGACUCAAGCAGCGCUACCCCCGCUCGGCGCAAGUCUGAGGAAGAUCUCGACUCAAACCGCGCGCACAAGAAGCCGCGCACUCGAGUCAGUUACUCCUGUGGGGAAUGCCAUCGCCGUAAACAGAAGUGCGACAGGCAAGUGCCUUGUUCGCAUUGUGUUGCACGCAAGGUUCCUGAGCUCUGCAAGUCGUACACCCCCGGCAAGUCCGACCAGGACAUACAUGUCCGUCUCGCGAGGCUUGAACAAAUCGUCGAGACUGCUUUGCCUCAAUACUGGGCUCAAGGCCGUCUGACGCCCGUCUCCGACGGUCCUGAGCCCCAUGACAAGCAGCGGUCGGUAUCGCCUAUGGACGACGGCAGUCAUUCCCAAGCCGAGGACGAAGACCCUAGCGGAGGAAUAUUUGAGAGUGGGACGUGGUACGGGAAGAGCGCGGCUGGAUUGGUCGCCGCACCGGCUGUCCUGGAGCAGCUUCAAAGCAUGGUUGCAACUCCUGAUAGCGGGUCCGGGGGCAGCACUUUCCCGGUGACUCACAAUGCGCUUCUAGAAGAAGAGUCAAAACCAAAUAUUACGCCUAUGGAACAAAGCGCUACGGAGCGCCUCCAACGGCUCAUGCAAGACUGCGGUUAUAGUACAGAGCGGCUCCAAAACAUGUACGAUGAGCUGCCUCCUCGCAAGUUUCGUGAUGAGCUUGUCAGCCACUACUUCAACGUCAUUAACUGGACUCGUUAUCCUAUCUCAGAAAACGAGUUUCGCGACUCGUACGCCUCGUUUCUGGCCAACGAACACAACCCCUCCAAGCCCAGCAAUAUCCGUUUCUUGCCAUUGCUUUUUGUCGUUUUGGCCACUGCAGUCAGAUCUGCGCCUUCUAGACCAGGUACUACCGAGGCCUCACGGAAGACUACUGCAUCUCGUUACUAUUGGUGCUGUCGUCGUGCUAUGUUGAUUGUUGCUUGCGUUCAGCCGGAUUGUUUUGAGAUCGUGCUGACGCGAAUGCUGAGUGCUCGGUUUCUCGUACUCGACCGACGUAUGACUGAAUCCUGGAGCCAAUUGGGUGCUGCAGUUCGCAUAGCACAGGCUAUCGGACUACAUAGAGAUGGAGCAGAUAUGGGCAUGGAGCCUUUGCAAGUCGAAAGACGGCGCCGCAUAUGGGCCCACUUGUAUCAUGCCGAUCGCUCUAUUGCAUUGGUUCUAGGACGACCGGUCGCUAUCCAUGACAGCCACACCUCCACUCGGCCCCCCACCAAUGCUGACGAGAGGAGUUUCGAUGGCAAGACGUUCAAAUCUUUGCCAUUAUCACAGCCAACUCGUACUACUUUCCACAUCCUCCGACAUUCCCUCGCUAUCAUUAUGGGCCGCAUGUCGGAUUUCUUCCAAAACGUCAACUCACCCAGACAUUACUCCGACGUCAUUGAGCUGGACGACGAACUUCUCAAUUGGAGACAAAACCUACCCCCCUACUACUCCCUCGAUCCCGACACUUCACUCGAUCGUUCCCACCCUUACAUCCCUCUCCAACGGUUCUUACUGGUCACGGAGUUCCUCUUCGUCCGGAUUUCCUUACAUCGUCCUUACUUGCUACGAAAGCUUGACGGUAACAAGUACUCCCGCUCGCGCGACGCAUGCUUUGAGUCUGCGUUGAAGGACCAUCAAACCCGACAGGAGUACAUCGCGACAACCAUACGGGAAGGCCGCGACCCUGCCGCGAGCGCGUACCGCGAGUUCCAAGCCGCUAUGAUCGCCGGCAUCUAUUUGGCUCUUUACCCGAAAGGUCGCGACGUCGAGAGGAUGCACAGCCUAUUGGAAACCUUCCUCGAGCGUAAUAAGCACCUCACAGAGAUCGACCUGAUCGCUCGGCGAGAAAUCAAGAUUAUCGAGUUUCUCAAGCGCAAAUUUGAUGGAGCCGCCGAACAGCAGGUGUCCUCUGUUUCUUCUCCACCGGCCACCUCUCCCGACGCGAACGGCAAUGUCCACCUCCUUUCGGACCACUCUUUCCCUUCGGUCGCCUCACUCCCCCUUACAUCCCCUCGCGCUGCGUUUUCACAGCUCCCGCGACCAUCUCCCCUCCAACAGAUGCGGUAUUUACAGCCGAGCGAGACUUCGUCGCCUGGCACGGGUACUGGGAGCCCUCAAGGAGAAGACGAGACAGCACAGACGCUGCUUGACCAGUGGUGCAACAUCUUCAGCGGCGGACCAGCCGUCGACGAUCAUCCUGGUGGAACUGGGCUGCCCUGGGCGACUCCGGGGUUGGUGGACGUGAACGGCUGGCUAGGAGGCAAUGGGAUAAUAGCGACACCAGUGGCUGGAGGAGAAGGUGUGAUGCCACCUGCGGGCGUAGAUGGAGCGGACUGGAGCUACUGGGAGUCGUUAGUAGAGCAGAUUCGCACCAGCGGAUCGGCCUCACGUCCCUCGAGGAUCUGCAGAUCAGUGCAGACCAUGCCUAAACGCCUCCGAAGUCCAGGGUCCGCGGACCCUCCUAGCCGCUCCUCGACCAAGGCCCGCACCGACGCCCCCGUCGCGCCCUCCUCCGCCUCACAGACCCUCCCCGAGCUCCCCGACAAGAUCCGGAUCUUGUCCUGGAACGUCGACACGCCGGCGCCCUUCCUGCAGCUCCCGAGCAGCAAGCAGCGCUCUGCGGCGAGCACGAGUCCGGGGACAGUCCCCGGCAGCCACCCCGCCCUCCUGCGUGACCUCCUCCGGCGGCACGUGUUCCCCGACUUCAUCUGCCUCCAAGAGGUCCGCGCACGCCAUACCGACCGGGAGUGGGUCGCCGCGCUCCGGCUCGCCGCCAACUUCGGGACGCACGGGAUGGGCACGCUCGCCGACUCCCCGAAGUACACGAUGUUCCACAGCCUGAACCGCGCUGCACGGGGGCAGCGCAACUUCGGCGUCGCGACUUUCGUGCGCGCCCCGCGCGAGACGGCGAUUGCAGCCGCGCGCGAGGUCGACUGGGACCACGAGGGCCGGGUGCUCGUGCUCGAGAUGAAGGCCAGCUGGGCGCUCGUGAACGUGUACGCGCUCAACGGGAGCGAGUACAUGUGGCGGGACCCGCUCGGGACCAUCGCGCCCAAGACGCGCCACGGGCGCAAGCGCGAGUUCAACAGGCUCCUUGCGGACGAGUGCGCCGCGCUGCGCGCGCGGGGGCUCCGCGUCGUGCUCGUCGGGGACUUCAACAUCGUGUUUCGAGAGUUGCACCCCAAUGUCAAGGCCUAUAGCUGGUUCGCCAAAGGCAAACCUCAGGGUAGCGACCGCUCCAGGGUGGACUACGCUCUGGUGGACUCUCGAUCAAAAGAGAACGUCGUGGAGAUGACAUACCUCGAGGAUCCGCAGGAGAGGUGGCACAGCGAUCACGCGCCAUUCGUGUUGACUGUGAACAGCAUGGAAUUCGGAGACGGAGCUCCAUCCAUAGAUUAG